AUGCCUCAGCUGGCUUAUGGCGAGACGAGCAAUCCUUGCUUACUGUACUCAACUCAGGUUUCCUCUACAUUGCGAAUCACCCUACGGGAAGCCUCUGAUCUCGAGAGAGUCAUACGUGAAUUCCACGCCCUAGACAUCGAAAUAGAAUAUGAAAAGGACGGCCAAGACGGUAGUAUCACAACAGGACCGGUUGCUUUCGGUGCAUGGACACCGCCUGGCCAGAACACGCCAUCCUUAUACAGACCCCCCAGCAAUCCGCCACAGCUGAACUCAGCCUCCUCUUUGACCGCCACAUCAAGCUCGCAAGGCACCUCCUCAUCAUAUCUGGAAAGGUAUCCACACAGCGUCCUCCUCCACCGCCCUCCUAGUCAGCCGCUAGGGCAACCCGCAGACUUCUCAGCAGGCAUUCGACCGUGGUCGCCAGCAUUUGUACCGUCUCGGCCGGCGACGACUCUGGGCGUUCCCGGGAUUCUGGGAGAGGGUAUAUACAAAGUUAGCAAAAUCGGCUCAGUCUCUUCAGCUCGUCCGAGGGUGAGGCGGACCUCGGCAUCGCUGGAGCACCAAGGCACCAGGUUGUACACCGUCUCGAAGCAUUUCAACAAGACAGCCAGCACCGGCGAUGCCCUGCACUCUUCAAGAGCUCGGUACCUGGGUCGGGCACUGUCUUCUAGUGUGCCCGGUGUCGACUCGGCUCCCUUCCCAGUCAGGUCGUCAAAUUUCGGC